AUGAAGGUGUUGAACGAGAGAGAAGCAUUUCUACUGGACUACGAAAUAUUACAGCAUUUGACUGGCAUCAAGGAAAAAUUCAGCUGGAGCUUCACGCCUGAGGACGACGCCAACGACAAAUAUAGAAGAAAGAGAUUUGCAGGCGCAGGCCAAGGGCUAGAGGCUAUCACCAGAGACAUAUUGCUGUACUUGGCGAAAAAUGCUGCUGGAUCAGUCACUUCUGAAGCAAGCUUUGGUGAGCUUGUCACAUUUCUUAAUGCAUUUGAUUUGAUGAAAGCUGAGAAGCUUCAAAUUGUCAACUCGUUACCCAGAUCUAUGGUGCAUCUCUACGGCUUGGUAGAAGAGUGUGAUCUGAGAUUUGACGAAGACACGUGUCAGUCGAUUAUCGACAAGAUCGAUGAGCUUUUCCCAUUGGCACAAGAAGAGGGUGAAGAGGAAGAAAAUGAGGCUGAAGACGAUGCUAUGGCCGACUCUUAA